CCUCUGGUCGGAGAUUAUCUGCUGUGGCGGCGGUGGAUACCGCGGAUUGGGCGCACACCGCUAUUCCCCUCUCAGUCUCGACUCUCUACAACGGUAUUCCGUAAAAAGGGGGGCCGCGCACGGAGCUUCAGUCCAGGAUUCCAGGAUUCCAGGAUCCCAGCCACCAGCCACUUCAGACGAGGGAAGCCCGAGACCCGGCCGCGGUUCUUUCACUAUCAGUGGCUUCCCAGUCCCAAUGCGGCGGCACAGGUCGAGUUCGCCACCGCGAUUCAGGUACAUCGGAAGGGAGCCGAGUGGUCGGCCCGCUCCGGUUCCUUCUCUGCUUAAACCCCCCCAGCUGCACCGGAACAACUACCUCCAGCCCAAAAACAUGGAUAUGCUGCCGGACCUCGGCUCGUGGCUGCUGCGAUCCGUGGCGCGCCGCGACCACUUCACCAACAACCCCGUCCUGAACGUCGAGCGGCUGAACUCCCUGCCCCGCCCGCUCCAAGAUGCCCAUAAGGAGCUUCUCAUCGGCGCCGUGCUCACCAUGAGCUCGAGCCUCAGCCUCGCCCUUGGCAUGCUCCAGGAGCUGUUCCCGCAGGAGAUAUCCCAGGAUAGGCUGGGCGAGGUCCUAUGUCCAACACUCGGCCAUCUUCUGGCCUCUCUUCAGAGCACCUUGACCUCUUUUGACUGGAAACCCCCGCCGCCGACACCAGGGCUUUCAGGACCGCCAUCGACAAACUCACCGGAACGGAUAGUGCCCAGCAACGCAAAACGCAAACCGCCACCACCAGGUCCAGAACCACCACGGCCAGCCACCGCAGUAGAGGAGCGCUUAAUACGGCCUCUGGGGUGGCCCAACAACCGGCCAGCCAUCGCCCCGUCCGUGCUGAGGCCACCGACACGGCCAGCUACCUCGCAUGCCGAGAGCCAGAGGUCUCCUCCGCCUUCACAGCCAGAUGCCAGUGGUGACCCGGCCCGCCAGCCGCAGAUGAAGGAAGCCGAUGUCCAGGGCAAGCCCGAGACGCAGCUGGUGCAGGCCCUGCAUGCCGAGAUGCGCGUGCAAGCAGCCAUCCAGGUGGCCAUUGAGAGCCUCGAGUUUGCCGAGUCGCAGUUGAAGGUGGUCAAGGAGGUCAACCAGCUACACGGAGGCAAUUUUGACGCCCUCCAGAAGAACUUCUAUUCAGGCUACAACCGCCUGCUGCUCAAGGCCCUUGAGCUACAGCGGCGGGAGCUCGGACUACAGCAGGAUAGGGACUCGCUACUACCAGCCCCGGGCCCGUCCCUGCAGAGGACAUCUCGACCACCGACAGCCAACGGUUACAGCGCCGUCCAAAAGAGUCUCCAACGGCAACCUUCUGUCACCUUUGACGACACAUUAUCCCCGCCCACACCAAGGCCCACCGGCAUGGCUCGAGACGGCGAUCCGCAGCGGCGGCCACUAGGACGCCGAAAUACCAUCCCUGGAAUCAGGCCAGAGGAUUCCCGCACAGGAAGCCCAAGACCGAUCCUCAAACGCCGGCUCUCCCUGGCGGAGGAGCUGGCCAUGGUCGGCGAGGACUCGGAGAGCGGGUACCAGGACGAGACGUCCGAGAUGGAGCAGACCUCGGCCUCGGAGAGCGAGGAGGACGAGUCGGAUGCGAAUAUUUCAAAUGGGAGAGGCACUACUACUCCUACUACUAGUAGUACUAGAGUAAGUGAGCGGCGUGGCGUGACGAGGACAGGCUGGACGGGGAGUGCGGAUGAAAGCGAGGAAUACAGCACAAAUGCUGAAAGCGCUGGGGAAGAAAGAAGCGAGAAUGCUUCCGAUGACGACGACGACGACGACGACGAGGGCGACAAGACGCUUGACGCGUUCGAUAUGGAUAGUAGUAGUGGGAAUACUGCAACAAGCAGGACGAGACGCCAACGAAGACGGGUAUGACAGACAAAUGGCAAAGAACUUGAACGCUGCGCUUUACGCUGCGCCAUUUGUGGUGAAAAUAUAAGGCUGCUAC